AUGUUAAACCGAGGCGAGCUGCAGGAGCAGAUCUCUCGCAUCUUGGCUGUAGCCAAGGCUCAAGGCUACAACAUCCAGGACGUCAUGCCGAACGAAAUGCUGGACCAGUUGCAAGGAGUGACAGAGAUAAAGGCGGCUCGAGCAUACGUCAAGGAAAUUGAAGGGCGAGAGAAGAACCUCCAGGCACAGGUCGACAAGUUGUUGAUCAAGUUGAAGGCAAAAGAGGAGGAACUUACGAAUCAGCCCGAGGAAUUCGAAGCUCUUAUGGUCGAUCUCCAGCAAGCGCAGCGCCAAGUCGACUUCCACAAGGGGAUUGCUGAUGACGCAACAAAGCGUGCAGAGCGUUACCAGCGCAAAAUGGUCGACGCUGUGGAGAAGCAGACUAUCGUUGACGAGGCUGCUUUGAAGAUUGAGCGUCUGGAGGCCGAGCUCCACAAUCAGCAAGCCGCCUACCUUAAGCUUGCGAAGGAAAACGCGAAAAUAGCCGAACUGGCUGAAAAGCAGCGUGAGCAAGAUCAAGAGACGAUCGACGAGAAGAAUAAACAGCUUGACACCCUCAUGUCUCACGCUAAUAUGGUUGAGGCUGAGAGCGAGAAGUUCUCUGAGACCUUUACCACGCUCAUCGACACCAUGGAGUCUGAGCAUUGCAUCGCCACUGCAGCCGCAAAUGAAAAGGCUUUGCUCCUGCUCCAAACUGAUCAACUCUACUCUGCUGUCGUCUCGGAGAUCACACCCCUGAACCGCUUCUUUGAUCGCGCUGUCAAAGUCCUCGGCAUCUACCAACUUCUUUUUCAAGCCUUGUCAGACCCAUACAACCACUCUAUCACAAGUCUACCACGUUCUUUGGAUGUCCUGAUGGCUGGUGCGGUCGACGAUCUAGAUAUCUACCAGAACGUACAUCGAGCGCUGCGAGCUGGAAAUAUUGCAGAGGAGCAGGUUCGCGUGCAGUUAGAUGGCAUUGCUGGCAAUGCCGGGCGCAUGUAUAGUAGCUUGGAUGGCAUCAAGGACGAUGUGGCGGGCUUUCUAAGCCGUCUGCGGAGUGAGCCCGAUGCUUGGUGGGCGAUGAAGGGCAAGUUUGCAGGAGGAAUCGCUAGGAAGAUGAAGCGCUUCUCUAUUGGUUGA